CCCGGAAGCUUCACGCGCUCCUUGCUGCUGUGCUGAGAGUCCUUCCUGUUUCAGAAAUUUGAAGGAAGCAGCAGGAACAGGACAGUCGCUGAGUAAAUAUGGUUUCCUCUCAGUGAUCUGUAUGAGGGACGGACCUAUGCUCUCUCAUCUUUUUUCUGCCACAUCAGUCUUGUACCUACUGUGGAUCAUCAUGGCCCAGGUCGCUGGCCAGGAGGACAGGGAGAAAACCACUGCGCUCAAAGAUUUGUUGUCAAGAAUAGAUUUAGAUGAACUGAUGAAGAAAGAUGAACCUCCUUUCAGCUUCCCUAAAACACUGGAGGAGUUUGAAUAUGCCUUCAAUGAAAAUGGCCAGCUCCGGCACAUACAAACAGGUGAACCCUUUGUGUUUAAUGCCAGAGAGGAUUUGCACCGCUGGAACCAGAAGCGUUAUGAAGCUCUUGGAGAGAUCAUCACUAAGUAUGUUUACGAGCUGUUGGAGAAAAAGUGCAACUUGACUAAAGCAUUUCUGCCUGUGGAUGCUACAGACGAUGAACCCAGAAGUUUUAUCUACCUUAGCACAGAUGCCUUGACUAACCCAAACAAGCUGCUCGUGCUUAUCCAGGGCAGUGGUGUGGUGCGGGCUGGUCAGUGGGCCCGCAGGCUUAUUAUUAACCAGGACCUGGACUCAGGAACACAGAUCCCUUUCAUCAUGAAGGCCAUGGAGGAGGACUACGGUGUGAUGGUGCUCAACCCCAACGAGAACUACUUGGAGGUGGAGAAGCCAGCAAAGGACUCCCCCAUUAACUCUCCUGCGGAACCCUCGGAAGAACCUGCCGAAAAGAGGGAGCGCAAAGAUGAACAGGAGAGCAAAAAGAAGAGGGAAUUUUAUGAGAAAUACCGCAACCCACAGAAAGAGACCGAGACCGAGCGCAUCCCAAUACGGGAAAACACCUCCUCUGAAGAACACGUGCUCUACGUGUGGGACCACUUUGUGUCCAAAGCUGCUGCCAAGAAUGUCUUCAUUAUUGCCCACAGCUACGGAGGCCUGUCUUUCGUUGAGCUGAUGAAUCAAAGGGAAAUGCAGGUGAAGAACAGAGUGUGUGCUGUGGCUCUCACUGACUCUGCACAUAACAUUUGGCACCAGGAGACUUCCAAAGGGACACAGGACUGGAUGCAGCAGUGCUGUUGUAACUGGGUAUCGAGUCCCGAGCCACUGGACACACAGCUUGAACCCAUGUUGCCAGACUGCCCUAGAGUUUCUGCAGGCACUGAGAGGCAUGAACUGACCUCCUGGAUGAGUUUUGAGUCCAUCUUCAGGUUCUUCAACGAAGUCCUGAAGACGAAGGAGGAAGAGGAAGCCGAAGAGAACGCCAACGUUGUCACCACACGCAGCGGCUCUCUGAAAAACAAACACCAAGAUUUAUAGAAAGCGCUCAGCAUUGACUUGGACAAGCAGGACAUAUUUGGCGGUGCAUCAGAUAGGGAGAGUGCAGAAAUUUCCCCCUCCCUAAUUUUUUGUUCUUCUCUCCACCCCCCCACCCUCCCCCUAACCUCCUCACCGUCCCCUCCAGCAGCAUCCCGGCUUUGUGCCCACUCAGUCGCCUUGUUGUUUGAGACAAGAGUGCUGGGGGUCACCACGUAUACACCACAAUAACGUUUUGCAUUACUUCUAGAUGACUGCAACUGUCAAAGCAAUAUGGACCUGAGUGUUGGCGCUUCCCGUGGGCUGUGGCCCGGCUGCGGGUGCGGGCCGCAGCAGCAGAGAUUAAGGCUGACAGGCGCUGUACACAAUGCGCCGUGGUGCACCUCUAAUUGUCCUGACAUCAGCCUGAAGUGAGCUAAUGCCACCCCACCCCACCCCCAACCCCGUCCCGUCUGCACUGCUCAGCCUCUUUCCCUUUCUGUGUGUCUCUUCCUGCUCUCCACUGUUUUACCCUGCAGUCAGUCCAGUUCAAGUGACACGUCCUAAAGUUCACCAUCAUCUCAGUCCUGCUAGCGUGUUCUUUUGGGAUUUUUCCAGCAUUUCCUUUGUCUGCUAAAUUUUUUUAAUAAGAACGAAUCAUCUCUAAUAUCUAUUUCUUAAAAAAUGAUGUUUUGUGUCUAU